GCUUGGCGACCACCUCGGUCGCGUUAAAUAGCCUCACCGUCGUCGAAUCCUUUCCGCUCUAUUGCCCACUCUGUGUCUCCGGUUCCGAGCCCUAGGGUUUCCGAUCUCCUCCUGUUGACGCCUGGUCGCCUUGGAUGUCGCUCUUUCUAUCGGACGAGGAGCUCCGGCUCCUCUCCGAUGACGCAGCCGCUGUGGCGGAGCGCGCCGACGGUGCGAUCCGCGACCUACGCUGCCAGCUCGACACCGUCCGGGCGGAGGCCGACGCCGCCGCCAUCGCCGCCGAGCAGAACUGCGCCCUCCUCGAGCAGCGCUAUGAGACACUCUCGUCCGACUUGGCGCGUGUGCGCUCCGAGAACACCCAGCUCUCCGCGUCCCUUGAGCAGAGGCUCUCCGAGAUUGCUGAUGCCCAGGCCGAGAAGCACCAGCUCCAUCUCAAAGCCAUUGGAAAGGAUGGAGAAAUCGAGAGGUUGUCAUUGGAAGUAGCAGAACUCAACAAGUCUAAACGGCAUUUGCUGGAAUUGCUGGAACAGAAGGAUGCAGAGACCAGGGAGAAAAAUGCCACGAUACAGAGCUAUCUGGACAAGAUCAUUAAUCUGACAGAUAAUGCUGUUGACAAGGAGGCCAGGCUGCAGAAUCAAGAAGCAGAAUUGGCACGAUGUCGUGCUACAUGUGUUCGUGUUAAUCAGGAGAAAGAGCUUCUAGAAAAGCACAAUGCAUGGCUUAAUGAAGAAUUGAGUGCAAAGGUUAACAGUCUUGUUGAAGAGCGUAAAACACAUAUGGAAAUCGUGGCUGAUAUGUCUGCUAAACUUGCUGACUUUGAGAGACAGAUCAAUGAAACUUCUAGUUCAUUGAAACGAAAUAAUGAAAGAAUACAGGAGUUGGAAAUGAGAAAUGCCUCGUUGGAAAAAGAGUUGUGCUCGUCAAAGGAUGCCGCUGCAGCUAACGAAGAGCAACUUUCUUCUGAACUGUCAACUGUUACAAAACUGGCUGAACUAUACAAAGAGAGAUCUGAAGAAUGGUCCAAAAAGGCUGGAGAGCUUGAGGGUGUUAUUAAAGCAUUGGAGACACAUCUUUCCCAGGUUGAAAAUGAGUACAAAAAUAAACUUGAAAAUGAAUCUUCCCUGAGAAAAAAUCUUGAGAAGGAUGCUUCCGACUUGAAAGGAAAACUAGAGAAAUAUGAAGCUGAACUUGAGAGUGCUAGAAAGGCUAAUGAAUUGAGCAUCAUCCCGAUGUCCAGAUUUCAUGCAGAUACAAAUUUAGAGGAGCUAUCAGUUGCAGAAACAACCAGCUGUAGAACAUAUGAGAACAAUCAGAUGCUUGUCCCCAAGUUUCCAAUUGGUAUUUCAGGCACCGCAUUAGCGGCUUCCCUAAUAAGGGAUGGCUGGAGUCUUGCUAAAAUAUAUGAAAAAUAUCAAGAAGCUGCUGAUGCUGCACGGCAUGAGAAAUGGGGCCGAAAAAAUGCAGAAGCUGUUUUGGAGCGGGUUCUACAUGAAAUCGAGGAGAAGGCUGAAAUAAUUUUGGAUGAACGAGCUGAACAUGAGAGAAUGAUUGAAGCCUACAAUUUGAUGAACCAAAAGUUGCAGCAGUCUUUGCUGGAGCAUGAUAGUUCUGAGAAUAUCAUUCGAAACUUGAAGGCCGAAUUGAAAAAGCGUGAGCGUGAUUAUACAAUCGCGCAGAAGGAAAUCAGUGAUCUUGAGAAACAGGUGACAGUACUAUUAAAAGAAUGCCAAGAUAUUCAAGUUCGCUGUGGUGUUUCUCAAGUAUAUGCUGACAAUUCUCUUGCAAGUUCUCUUGACAUUGAUGGAAUUAAUGCCGGGGGUUCUAUUACUGAAUGCCCUAUGUCUUUCAAGGACAUAAAUGAACUAGUUGAGCAAAAUGUCCAACUCCGAAGUCAUGUGCUUAGGCUUUCUAGUGAAAUUGAGAAUAAGGAAGAGGAGUUAAAGGAGAAUUUCCAAAUUCAGCUCCAAAAGGUCACUGAGGAGGCAACUGCUAAGGUUGAUACAGUGCUAAAAAAAUCUGAAGAACAAGGGCAGAUGAUUGAAUCUCUUCAUAGCUCUGUUGCAAUGUAUAGGAGAUUGUAUGAGGAAGAGAGGAGGACGUUAGCUUCUAGCCAUGUGUACAAAGAAUCUAUUCCAGAGGAUGGAAAGAAGGAGCUUAUGCUUCUAUUUGAGGGUUCUCAGGAAGUUUCAAGGAAAGCCUAUGAGCAGCUUGCUGAGCAUGCUAGAAGUCUAGAAGAGGACUUGGGUAAAUUAAGGAGUGAAGUUUCCUCAUUACGUUUAGAGCGUGAUAAAAGGGCUUUGGAAGCAAAUUUUGCCAAAGAUCAUUUUGAUGGUUUGAAGAAGGAAAUUGAACACCAGAGACAGGAAUCCAAUGCUGUCUCAGCUAGAAAUGUGGAAUUGACUCAUUUAGUAGUUGAUUUCCAAAAGAGGCUCCGGGAAUGUUCUAAUUCCCUACAAGAAGCUGAGGAGAAUGCAAGGAAGCUAACUAUGGAGGUGUCCAUUUUGAAGCAUGAAAAAGAGAUACUAAAUAACUCAGAAAGAAGAGCUUCUGAUGAAGUUCGCAACUUAUCGGAGAGAGUACAUCGUCUUCAGUCAAGCCUUGACACCAUUCAAAGUGCUGGAGAGGUUCGGGAGAAUUCAAGAGCUGUAGAAAUGAGAAAACUAGAGGAAUAUGCAAAACGAAUAGAGAGAGAGUGGGCAGAAGUCAAGAGAGAACUUCAAGAAGAAAGGGAUCGUGUUCGUGCUCUAACAAAUGAAAAGGAAAAUGCAUUGGAGGCUUCUAUAAACCAGUUUCAGGAAAUGAAGAAAGAGUUAGCUGAGGCCUGGAGUGCUGUUGCAUCUGCCGAGUCUAGGGCUGCUGUAGCUGAGGCUCGAUGUUCUGAGUUUGAAACAAAGAUGAAGAGUACUGAACAUAAGGUCAUUAAAGGGGAUAGCAGACAUGACCAUACAGUGUUUUCUACAAAUGAGGUUUCUGGAGAGCUCUGGAAAAUAACAGAGGAGUUGGAAAAAAUAAAAGAAGAGGCAAAAGCUAAUAAGGAUUAUAUGGUUCAGUACAAAGAAAUAGCACACACAAAUGACGUGGCACUGAAGCAAAUUGAAUCAGCACAUGAAACGUACAAAUUGGAGGCUGAGAGAGUAAAGAAGGCCUUAGAAGGUGAAGUUUCAUCUCUCAGGGAUAGGGUGUCUGAGCUCGAGAAGCAAUAUGUAUUAAAGUGUGAAGAAGCUGUCUCUCUUACUGAAGCCAAAGAUAGGGAAGUCUCUUCUCUCUUGGCUGAAACUUCAGGACUAAGGGGAGAAAUUUCUCAAAAAGUAACACAGAUAGAAUCACUGGGCACACAAUUGUCACUGUUAAAAGAAGAUCUAGAAAGGGAGCACAAACGCUGGCGAACUGCCCAAGACAAUUAUGAAAGACAGGUUAUGCUCCAAUCAGAGACAAUUCAGGAGUUGACUAAAACAUCUAAAGAGUUAUCUUUGUUGCAAUGUGAAAUAGCAAAGCUGCAGGAGGUUUCAGAUACCAUCAAAACUGAAAAUGAAAUGCUGAAGACAUCAUGGGAAAAGGAAAAGGUAACUUUGCAGGCUAUGAAGGAUGAAGCUGAGAGGAAAUCUAAUGAAUUAAAUGAACAAAAUAAAAUAUUACUUGGUCAGCUGGAGUCUCUGCACGUUAGAUUAGCCGAUAAAGAGCACAAUUCUGCUGGACUUUUCGCUCAGAGUACAGAUUCAAAAGCAGAGAGUGAUUUACAUAGUGUUAUCAGCCAUCUUCGCCGUUCUAAAGAAAUAGCAGAGACUGAGAAAACCUUGCUGAAGCAGGAAAACUCACGGCUACAAGCACAACUUGAAACUGCUCUCAAGGCUUCUGAGGCAGCUCAAAAGUUGCUCCACUCUAAAUGUGAGAAUGAUAGAGCGAUGUUAUUCAAGGAUGAAGAGUUCAAGGCUCUGCAGCUUCAGGUAAGAGAAAUCAAUUUGCUUCGUGAAAGCAAUAUGCAGCUUCGUGAGGAGAACAAGCACAACUUUGAUGAAUGUCAGAAAUAUCGUGAUGAAGCACAAAAAGCUAAAGUAGAUGCAGAAAAGUAUGAAAACCUUCUAAUGGAGAAGCAAUUGGAAUUUGAUGCAUGCCAAAAAGAGGUUGAGAUGCUGAGGAUAGAGAUAAACCACCUAAAUAAUAGAAUCAAUGAGUUAGCUGAAUCUCAUAAAAAUAUCGACCCUGAGGAGUACGAUAGGAUGAAAAAUGAACUCCAACAAACUAAGGUGUUGCUAAGAGAAUCUGAGGCGGAGGUUGGACUGGCAAAUAAUCUUGUAACAGAGAAGCAAGGAAAUAUAUUGAAUUUAGAACAAGCCCUUGCGAAGUGUAAACUUGAAUUAAAUGAAAAGGAGAAGAAGUUAAAUGAUGCUGUUCAAGUUGAAGGAACUAUCAAACAGGAAAAUGAAAAACAAAAGAAACUUCUCUCCAUUCUGAAGAAGAAAAGUGAUACUUUAGCAAAGGAGAAGGAGGACUUGAACCAGGAAAAAGAAGUUCUGCUGAAAGAGAUAGAAGAUUUUAAAUCAGGAAGGAAGACCUCAGGUGACACUUCAACUGACCAAGCCACAAAGGAAAAGGACACCAGAAUCCAGAUUUUAGAGAAAACUCUAGAAAGAGAGAGGGACGACAACAAAAAAGAGAAACAAAAACGGCAGAGUACUGAGAAGACAAUGUUAGAACUUAUUCAGAAAGUUAAUAAGGAUAAGAAAUCAUUUUUGGAGGAGUUCUCGAGGCACAAACAUGCUGUUGAGAUGUUGAAGGCAACUGGAGUAACAGCUCCUCAGCUUCCUUCUGAGAGUACAUUGGAUGAACAAUUUGCUACAUAUCUUCAAACAACUACUCAGCUAGAAGCAGCUUCAGGUUCCAUUGCAGAUGAUGGGCUGGGAAGUCAUUCUGUUGCUGUAGAUACCUCAGCCACCGAUACAUCUAUGCCUGUUGCAGGUUCCGGGCGACAAGUUUCUGCUCAGCAGAUACGGCAACUGACAUCUCAAGUGAAAUCUGCCGAGGAAAAAGAGAGAGGGUCUACUGUGGUCAAAGUAGCUACUGGGGCUCGCAAGGUAGGGAGGAGGCUUGUCCGCCCUCGUCUAGAGCGACCUGAAGAGCCUCAAGUUGAUGUUGGAACCUCUGGGAUGGAUGGCCCGACACAGAUGGAAGAGGAAAAGGCUGGCUCAUCCCAUGAACCAGAACCUGCAGGUGACAAUUCUUUGACACAGUCGACAUCUUCUAGUCGCAAACGUUUGGCCUCAUCAACAGCAGAGCAAAAAGAAGACAUUGUUGCACAAGAUGAAGUUGGUGCUGAUACUGCUCCUCCGCCAAAGAAGCCCAAAGAGUCAGAUGUGAUGCAAGAUGUGAUCCAAGACAGCAAUGAUGAACAAAUCAUCUUGCCAGCAACUGAAAAUAUUGAAACAGCAGAGGCUUCUUUUCCAUCGUCGAAUGUCUCUGAUGUACAAACACCUGAAGACAUGGAAGCUGAUCAGGCUCCUGUAUUGCCAAAUGAAGAGACUGCUGAUGCAGUAGAGGAUGAUGAUACCUUCGUCAAGGAAGAACCAGUGGAAGAGCAAAAGGCUUCCUUUGAUGAUACAAAUCGUGAAGAAGAGGUUCAGGGUGAAGGUGAUGCAAUAGUUGAAGAGCUAUCCGAUAAGCCGACAGAAACAAUUGAGUUGCUGGAUGAAAGUUUGAGGAGUGAGGGUGGCAAAGAAAUUCUGCAACUAGCUGCUGCUGAUGAAGACGAGAAGGAAGAAGGAGAGUUGAUUGCAGAUGAAGCUGAGGAACAGGAAGAGGGUGGCAAAUCAGGAGAUUGCCAGCGUGAGUCAACUCCAAGCGAUGGAGCCGGUAUUGUUGAUGAAACUGGGUAUGCUGUUGAAGCCUCCUCACCUGAAGUUCCUAGCGAGAAAAAUGCUAGUGCCGAUGCUAUGGAUGAGGUUCGUGAAGGUCAUAACAACGAAGAUCAGUUUGUUCAUGAAAGUUCACAAAGCCCUCAGAGAUCCUUGGGCGUACGCGAGGGCUCACUAAGCACCACCGGGCAUGCAACAAUUUCGCAGCAGCAGAGUUCCAGUACUAUUUCAGAGACGGAAGAAUCAAGAGCAGGAAGAACAAUAACAAUAUCAGAGAGAGCCAAGCAGAAUGCCCGUCUAAGACAAGCUGGAAUUGCAGCCCCAGCGACAUCCAGAGGCCGAGGCCGGACCACAGGUGGCUUCAGGGGUAAUCGUGGGGCAGGCCGAGGAGGAAGAGCACGAGGUGGGCGUGGGCAGCCUUUUGGUGAAAGAGAGUGAGCUCUCUAUGACGCCAUGUUCAAUCCGUGAAAUGAAGCCUUGGUAGCUGAUGGGACUCAGGAAAACGGUGUACGCUUUUGUAGUUUGUUCACUGUUAACUUGCACAAAAAAUUCAUUGAAUUUUUUGGCGCACAUUAGAGAGAACCUUAUAAUUGACGACAUAUUUAAUUAUUCUCUAUGAUUUGUAUGUGAGAAAAAUGUGUUAAUAUGACAAUUGCGAUCACUUAAGUGUCUAGAUAUGGAAUUUUAUAUAAUGCGUGCUUUUGAG